AUACGUGACAAAUUGCAGUGACCUUCAGUUACUCAUCCGCCUUUGCCGAAAGAGCUACGUUAAACAAAAACAUUGUGAGUUAGCCAUGAGUUCAAUAUUCGACGCGGACACAAUACUUUCCGAAAAUGACCAAUGGAGAAAACUUGAAGAAGAAUGGAAAACUGUGGAUUUGAUCGACAUAGAAGACGAUACACCGAAUUUAAAGCCAGUUUUCAGCACGCUUGACUUGAACGGGACUACUUUCGAUUCGUCGUUUCUCUUCAAAAAGGUCAGAAGGAAGGUCGGACGUCAAAUGUCUAAAAUAUCGUCAGCAUCCAUCGAAUAUGAAGACUUUAUAAGCAACAUUCGAGAUGAUUCGAGAAACGGGCCGUCUAAACAGUUUUAUUUCGUCAACGGUCAAAUAACUUCAGCCGCAUCUAUCGAAGAGUUAUGUGACAAAAUUGAUGAUAUAUUUAAAUCUAUAGACGAACUAUCGGUAGCAACGAGUACUGUACGAAAUAAGAGUAGUAGAGAAUCCAAGAAGAGAAUAUAUCCAGAUUUAGUGCAGUGUAGUAUAUCAGCAACGGAUCUGUCGUUCGAUGACACUGUGUCCCAGAAAGAAGUAACUUGUUCAAGUGAAAUUGAGAGACACAUAGGAGAAGCUUUUGAAGAGGCUUUUGAACAGAUUAAUUCCACUAUAGAUACUUUGGAAGGUGACAAGUCUCAUUUGGAGUCAGUGACAACGUUAGUUCGGAAAUUCAGUUCAGUAAUUAAUAGUCCAAUGAUUAAAUGUAACCCAAGAAGACAAAGAGAGUGUAGUGAUAAGUUCAAGCAAUUAACCGAUUUUUGGAAAAAUCAAGCAUUUGUUUGUUAGUCGUAAAAAUUUGUACGUAUUUAUAAUUUUAACCUCUUUGUGAUACAAUAUUUAAUUGAAGGUAGGUAUGUAGGUAGGUAUGGCUGUGUUACAUUAUAUAUUUUUUUGUUAGUUAAGUUUUUCUUGUUUCUAGAAAAUUCUGUAGUAGCAAUUGAAAUAGUGUAGAUAACACUAAUUUUUCAAUAGCCAUAAUAAACUUAGUGAUUAAUAUAUCUUAACAUUUUAACAGAUUUUCUAGUUUUUUCUACCUACAAAAUGUCAAAAAACUCAGUUGAACUUUAUUUGGCGGUUGAAAAAAUCAAGUCUUAGGUUUUUGUUUCUAAUUUAAGUUUUAAUUUCAGAUGAAUAGUAAAAUUAUUAUGUUGUGUUUGACAUCUUGCAAAGUGCAAUUAUGUACUAGACAAAGUACUAGUAAGUAUUUUAAAUAAGUAUAAACUAUAAAGUCAUAAUUUAAUAUUGUAUUGAUUUAAAAGAACAAUAAACUUUUACAUUUUAAUAUAA